AUGCAACCCGUGCAGCAACCGCGGCCCCGGCGCGGCUGCGACUUUGUUCUCCCUGAAAUACCCAUCCUCGAGUCACCGGAGUGGAGUGACGAGGAUGACGACGUCAACUUGACGCGAACGCCGCUGCGGGUAGAGGCGGAAGCCCGCGCGCCUGCUGCGCGCAUCGCUCACAACCGUCCAAUCUUCAGUCCGGCAAUGCAGCUGCCUCCGAUGGUUCGUGUCGUGUCGCCGCUCUUUGCGCACCAGAUGGCGCCACCGUCGACUGGAUUCAACCACCCCUGCAGUUACGAGGCCUCACGGGUCGGCGACAGUUGCAACGUGAAUGAAGGCAAUCGCCGUUCUUGUGCGAAUCGGAAAGCGAACGGCGGCGGUGACACGGGUGACAGCGCCACCUCGUGCAACGGGGACGCGGUUAGGAAGCAGCACACGACUUUCACCGCUGGCCCGCGUGAAUGCUGGCCGUUUGACGGUCCCAACGGGGACGACAGUGACUCGCCUCCGCAGCUGAGCAUCGGGUCCUUUGUUUCGGUGCGGGGACGCAGUUGUUUUCCGUUCGAGGUUGGAAGCUUGUUUGUGUCGUCUACGCAUCACCUCGGCGGCGACGGUGAUGGCAACGGCGACGACAGCGAAUCAAGCAGCGCGGCAACGGACAGCAGCAGCGACACUGACCGCACCAGGACGAGCAGUGGCUCCACGGACAGCAGCUCGUACUACCAGCAGCAGAGGGCGUCGAUGGGGCCGUUCUCCCACGGCUCCACACAGGUAGGGGGACUGCUGGGCGGUGGUGGGUGUCCGCAACAGCCGUCGGCCCCCUCCUACGGCAUCGAGGUCUGUCCAUCCGUCUUUGUCAGAGUGCCACAGCAGAACCCCUCGCUACUCGCCACCCCCGUCGCCGGGCGGACCGGGCUUAUGACGGCUGCCGAGGCAGCUCCAUCAAUCUUUUGCACCUUCUUCCAUGAGGACGAUGGUUCGUACGACAUGACCGGUUUCCACCACGACAGCACAUCUACGUCCCAUCAGAAUGAUGUGGCAGCGCCGUCCAUGACGCUCAGCGGUGCCUCGGCUCGCGCAGCGAACGGCGUCGCGCCAGUGGCAGUUUCCUGCAGUCACGAAGGAAGCACAGAUGCGACAGAUGCGCCUGUUGCAGGGACGCGCCACGACCCGAGCAACCACACGAUCACGACAGCCAGCGGCGAUGGUGGACUGCAGCGUGGCCCGCUCAGCAACCGCCGCCAGGGCUCCUUCUUCAGGACGGUGGACGAGGCGCUGUACGAGACGCACGUCCACCCGACCGCGUCACGGUCGCCGAAUGCGGUGGUGCUGGUGUCUACUAACGCGUCUCCCAUGCACCCCAUGGAUGUGUUUCAGGCAAGCAGUGGCACGACGGAGCCGCAGCACCAACGUCAAGACGCCACUCACAACGGCAACAACAGCCGAGAUACGCGGCGAAGACGGGCGCUGCCGGUUUUGUGGAAUCCGUCACCACCAGAGAAGACGAGCACACAGCUCAGCGGCAUGCAUGCGGCGUUGGCGGAGUACGUACUCCUACCUAAGAGAGAGAUGAGUCCUAUGAUGCCGUCCGUGGCCACGGGCAAGAGCGCGCAGGCGAGCAGCAGCGGCGUCGGGGAUGCACAGCGCCAGGGUGACACGCAGGACGGCGGCAAGGACUCACGGAUACAGGAACAGGGCACCCGCUCUCUCGAGUCUGCCAACCCAAGACCUCGCAUCUUGCUCGGGAGGGACGUCAUGGAGGGCACCCGUGACAACGAAGGCGGCCUCUACCCGAGCAUGGCAUGGAUAAAGGCGAAGCAGCUCUCCAGUGCGCCAUCUUCGGUCUCGGCUUCCCAGUCAAGUGGGAAGCGGAACACCAAACGGCUCAUCUUUCGAAGUCGCAUUACACCACUCGGGCACGGAGCUGCCACCGCACCGGUUGCGGGUGCAACGCCGAUGAGCCAAGCACCAGCUGUAUCUGAGCGCCGCUGCACAGAUUUGACGGUUUCCUCCCUCGAGCCGCCUGGCGGCACUGGUUUCGGUGCCACGGACUCUGCAACGAACUGCGCCGCUAAUGUCGGCGGCGGCGGCAGUGCUGGACAGAACGCUGUCGUGAUGGAGUGGGACGAGUACGGCCUUCUGGCGUGGGCCAUUAGAAGUCCUCUUAGAACGUACAUCGAGUCUGCCGCAGCUUUUGGUGCGCCAGGCGGCGACGGCGGCGCGGGUGUAGCGAACGAAUCGGUGAGGGUCGCCGACAGCGUGGCCUCGCACACGACCGGCAAGAAGGCCGCGCUGCCCAUCUCCAAGAAGGCUUCUUCUACGAAGCCGGCGCGUAGAUGGACGGACAAGGUCAGACCCCGCCGCGGCGAGAGUCCGCACACGGCCGUCACGUUUGUCGAGAAAACCGACCCGUUUGCCCCCGCCAACGAUCACCAUACACCAUCCAGCGACGCCACUCUGGUAGCGCCGCAGUGUAAACUCGUGUCGAGUACCCCGCCGCAUCUGCUAGCGACGAUGGCGGCGGUGACGACGGAAUUUGGUCGCCCACCGUCGCCGCCGGCCGCUCCGCUUCUGUCUCCCACGACGUACAGCAUGUUGGCCGUCACGACGGGCAAAGUGGCCUGCAGCACCCCUGCGGCGGCCGCACCACCGUCGAGUGCGAACGGCGAGCCUUCCGUUGCCACCACAGCGGUGGGCCCGCGUGCGGCGCCUUCCCACACCUUGAGCCGCCCCGACGAGUACUUCCUCAGCAGCUUCCACACCAAUCUGAUUAUCGCUGGUUCCCUAGGCGACGAGGACAACGCGAGCGAUGCGGUGCUGGUGUCUCCGCUGCCGAAAAUUUCAAGCCCGGCUGGCGCAGAAGGGCACAUGACGGGCGCCGAUCAGCGUCGUCUGAGCAGCAUCAGCGGUGCCAGUCGCCAGAACCAUCCUACGAUUCCGUCGCUCCAGUGGCCAGGCCAGCAGCGGCAGCAAUGGAGUGAUGGCCGGACGGGUCACCACAUCUUGAUUCCUUCCUCCUCCGCGUCUUCCUCUGCAGCGGCGGCCAGCACCUCCGCUGCAUCUACGGCUCUCGCGUGGAAGGGCAUGACAGGUGCUCAAGGCAGCACACUCGCCACCUUGACGGACGACUAUGAGCUGCUUACGGUAGACACUGACGUGACCAGCACUAGCGGAAAGGGUACUGGCGGCUUUGUGACUUUUGACGCGCGUGCGAACCUCUCCGCAGAGACUCAUUCGUCCCCCGCGAACUUGGGGCAAGUCGCAUCUCGGCGCCCUAUCAUCGAAGACCCGCGCGAGGUCGGCUUUGUAGACAACAGCCGCCACCGCCGCCCAGAACCAGUUUCCAUUGUAAGCGCCGAGGAAGUGCAGCCACCGCGAGCUAGGCGUAAGUCGUCGCACUGGCGCCGGCACGCACCUCCGCGGGAGCGGUGA